AGCACACAGUCUGCGCAGGGUGGUAUGAAAUAAGCAGAACAAUUGAUUUUUGAUUAUGAAUGAAAUGUAAUAAUUUCAAACUGUCAAAUGAUAUGGCCUAGCAGUACCCCAUAGUGAAUUGUUGUGAUUUGCAGAGAUUGGCUUGAUUGGCUUAAAAAAGUGACACCAAAGAAAACGAAUUGAUGUUCGUGUCGUACAGGAGAUAAAAUAUCAGGUUCAAGCCUCUUACCACCGAGAGUUUUCCAUUGCAUCUGCUUAGCUUCUCGCUCAUUUGCAACGGGGGGCCAGCACAUCCGUCUCGGAUUCGGUGUGCCAGUCAGGAAAGGGGUGUGCCAGCAGUAGCGUAGAUGUUGCCGAAACACAGCAAAAUGCCAGCUAUUAAGGAUAGUCACAUCGUGAAGAUUGCGGUCGAGUAUGUGGACAACACGCCACAGAUGUACCCGCAGUUGAUCGAAUUUGACCAGCGGCAACCGCUCAGUGCGAUUAUUCAGAAUCUGUGCAGCUCCUGGGGCAUACCGGAUGCGGAAAGCUACGCCCUUCAGUUCGAUGGUAUCAACUACGUGACGGAAAAGAACCGUAACGAGGUGAAAAAUGGCACGGUGCUAAAGUUGCGCUUUUCACCUUCUAAAACGACCAACGACAUUCUAGAGAAGUUGCGAAGCGGCACCGACGAUGAGAAGGUGACCGAACUGAAAGAGCUGCAGGUGCUGAGUGCGGACAAUACGUUUGCGUUGGAGUUUAUCAAGGAGCAAGGGUUGCGCCUAAUCAUUGCGCUGAUUGAGGACGCGGAGUGUGAGGAACGCAUUCUAGACUUGGCACUCUGUUCAUUCGUACAGCUAAUGGAACACGGUACGAUCUCGUGGGACAUUCUGGAACCAUCGUUCAUUAUGCGCAAUGUGGCGUUCAUAAAUGGUCCGUCAAAGCCGGAAAUCAUUCAAUCAGCUCUUUCAAUCCUUGAAAAUAUUGUACAGAGCAGCAAUAAGUAUGCCCUAGUGGAGAAGGAAAUUACGCUUGAAACACUGUUGAAGCUGUUGCGUGAUGCAUCCCGGACGCAGGUGCAACAGAAUACAAUUGCGCUGCUGAAUGCGCUGUUCAUCAAGGCGGACGAUACAAAGCGACGCUUGUUGGCGGCAACGCUUGGUUCCAAGCAGUAUCGGAGUGUUAUCAAUAGUGUGAUAACGCCGUCGAUGGGUGCUGAAAUGGCGCACCAGCUGUAUGUGCUGCAAACGCUUACUUUGGGAUUGCUGGAGCAGCGCAUGAAAACCGCCAUGGACGUACAGGAUCAGGACGCGCAGGAGAAAAUAAAAGAGCUCCGUCGUAUAGCAUUCGAGGCGGACGGUGUCGAUCCAAUGCCGGAUGUGACUGCGCGGCGUCAGCAUGGUUCGUCCUACUCGAGCCACUACAAAAAGCUGGGCUUUAAGUGUGACAUCAAUCCGGCGCAGGAUUUUUUCGAAACACCACCCGGCACACUGGCACUGGAUUGUAUGAUCUAUUUCGCACGUAACUACACGCAAAGUUACACAAAAGUGGUGCACGAAAACAGUUGCCGGGCGGACGAACACGAGUGUCCGUUCGGGCGCACCAGCAUCGAGCUGGUAAAGGUGCUGUGUGACAUCUUCCGCAUCGGCGAAUCGCCGUCCGAGCAGGGGCAAGAGUUUUAUCCCAUGUUUUUCACGCACGAUCACCCAUUUGAGGAGUUUUUCUGCAUCUGCAUCGUGGUGCUGAACAAAACGUGGAAAGACAUGCGUGCCACGACGGAAGAUUUCGUGAAGGUGUUUUCGGUGGUACGGGAACAGAUCGUGCGGAGCAUCGUUGGUCGGCCGGCCAGUCUGGAAGACUUCAAGGCGAAGAUUCACACCUUUACGUACAACACCAUCACGACACUGCGACAGCAGGAGCGCACCUCGCGCGAAGAGUGCGAAUCAACCGCAUCGGCAAUAGUGAGCUUGAAGAAGAAAAUAACGCCCGAAAUACGGGCACUAAUCAAGGAGCAGCGCUUGGGGUAUCUGAUCGUAGGUACACGCUUCUGCAAGUACUCUGGCGGUAAGCGCGAACGGGACAAGUAUUGGUACGUUCGACUGUCUCCCAACCACAAGGUCAUUCACUACGGGGACUGUGACGAGAAGACAGUCCCAACGCUGGAGGAACUCUCGAACAAACUGCCCGUAAUCGACAUCCGUCAGAUGCUGGUGGGGAAAGAGUGUCCCCACAUGAAGGAAAUGCGCUCGAAGAAAGCGUCCACCCCGCUAGGAUUUUCGCUCGUGCCGGAAAGCAGCGAGCAACCGACGCUGGACUUUAUCGCACCGGAUGAGGCCACGUUCAACUACUGGACGGACGGUAUCAAUGCACUGCUUGGGCAGCCGAUGACGAGCAAGCAGCAGGAAGAGGACUUUGAAACGUUACUUUCGAUGGAAAUCAAGCUCCGGUUGCUCGAUACGGAGGGGGUAGACAUUUCGAAGGAUCCACCAGCGAUCCCCCCGGAGCCGGAAAACUACGACUUUUGCUUCGACAGUUAAGCGGUUUUGCAACCACAAAAAAUGAAAGCGUAACUAUAAAAUUAAACCAAAGUUUUUGUGACACAAAACAAAACUAAAAUUAUCAGACUAGAAGUUUCGAACAUUAUCCACACGGUUUGCUUUCAAUUUGGACAGGUAUGUUUUCUCUUCCAUAUCUUAUACAUCGUAUCGAUUGCACGAUAAGAUUGUGUUCUAAGGAAUCUGUGCUAAUGGUUUUCUAUCUGUGUAGAAAUGCAGUGAUGCAAUUCAGGCAAAAUAGUUAUUCUAAGUGUGUUAUCGGUAUCAUAUAGCAAAAACAACCAAAUAUUCCAUGCAAUAUUUUUACCGUACUCAAUUUCCCUUACUCUAACAACAGCAUCAACACGUGCGCGAACGUAUUAUUUUAUUAGUUUUACUGAAAGAGUUCUAUUCGAUGAUCCGUUGAUUUGCAUUUACGCUGUGGAAUACAUCAAAUAUGGAGAGCAGAAUGGCAUGAGGAGAUGAGUUGGUGGAUAGCGUAAGACAAACUUUAUAAGCAAAUAGCCAAAAUUAUGUAGACUUAUCCAACAAUGGAAAUGCUUGGACAAGAAAAGCAAUGUGAGGCAAUCUUCCCUUGGAUACGGUAAUAAAAGUAUAUACACUUUUUAUAUCAAAGUAAAAAGAAA